AAGUAUUUUUUAAUGAAUGAGAAAGCAGUUGUUUACAUUAACACAAAAAGAGUAAACAUUUUAACAUAAAACCAAAUAGAAUUUUCAAGCAAUUAACAUUUCAUUUUGUCCAUUCCAAGUUACGCAAACAAACGCCGAAAAAUAUGACUCUUUCAUCUGACGCUGUUUUCCAAAAAAUUGCCGAUGGCAUUAAGGGCAAUGAAGCCAAAGCUAAGGCUGUAAAUGGUAUUUUCUUGUAUAAAAUCACCAAGGAUGGCAAAGUAGCCAAGGAAUGGACUUUGGAUUUGAAGAGCUGCAAGAUUUAUGAAGGUCCCGCUCAGAGUGUUAAAGUUGAUACAACUUUGACUGUCAGCGAUGAGGAUAUGGUUGAUAUUGCUUUGGGCAAAUUGAAUCCCCAGGCUGCUUUCAUGAAGGGUAAACUUAAGAUUGCCGGCAAUAUUAUGUUGACCCAGAAAUUGGCUCCCCUAUUGAAACAAGCUGAUGCUAAAUUGUAAAAGGUUUUCACUACUACUUUAUAAACUUAAUAUCUUUUUUUAUAUAAAUAUAUAGUCACAUAAGUUUUAAGUAAAUAAAAUAAUUUGUUGUUUUCAAAAGUU